ACAAAAAAUGCAUGGAGUCGACGAAGAUGAUUUGGAGAGGCAGCGAAUCGAAAAAAUCAAAGAAGUUCAAGAAGCAGUCGCCAAGUUGACGGGCGCCAAAUUCCAAAAAUUGGAGAAUUUGCAACGAAUGGAACGAAUGCUUAACAAGGAAAUUGAACUACUUCAAAAUGCUACACGAAAAGCUCUAGAAACUCAUUUGGUCACAUGUAACUACGCAUUCUACAAAUCAAUAAUCGAUGAAGUUGAGGAAAUGGAAAAUGCGACGGCCGUACUGAAAACGUUCAAACGGGAUAAUGUAUCGGUUACUGUAGAUAUUGUGAUGAAAGAACCGAAUGUUUGGAUAAAACUUGUGAAUCGCCCCGCCAAAACCGUUCUCAUCGAAUAUCGAGACGGAAAACGAAAUGGCGACGUUAUUGCACAAAUAAAGCAACAUCUUUUCGUAUCACGCCGUUUCAAUCGACCACAAAUACGAAUUUACUUCAGAAAUGGAGUUCUAGCAGAGAUGGCCCAAAAACUCAUUCGUCAUGGAAUUGUUGUUAUUGGAGAGCACGUCGAUAAAUCAGAUCCUAGUUUACGUGGAAAAUGGAACGAAGAAUUAAUUGAACGGCUUGGAGAAGAGGAAGAUUCUGACUGGGAUGAAGUUGAUGAAGAUGCUGCUUCUAUUCCAACGCUACCCUCCUCACAAUCGCAGUCAGAGUCAACACUGCCACGCUUAAAUCUUGAUAUUUCGGCUGUGAUGUUGUUAGUUUCGAACAUGUGUGAACCUGGUGGUGUGAAUUAUCAAUUCAAAGAGGAAAUGAUCAAUAAGCAUGUGGAAUGUGAACGAUUGAAACCUGCGAAGGCUGAAGUGCUGGAAAAAUUGAAAGGACAUCAUCUGAUUAUGUGUGAGCUUGCCUAUAGAAGAGUAGCAGAAAUCGUAAAAAAUGUCGGCGGGCCUACGGAGAAGAAGCGAUUCGAAGAGCUAAGCAAGACGAUUGAGCGUGUUCAGGAUCAACCAUCAGAUGAAAUUGGAAGAGUUGUCAAAUUACGAAAUAUCAAAGGAAUAACGUCAAUUACAAAGAGAGUCUUCUCAUGCGCGGAAGUUACCAAAACGACUACUGUAACUGCCAAUCAAAAGUUUUUGACACAUUCUAGGGCUAAGCACAUAUACUUCGAUGUCAUCGAAAUUCCACCACGUCCUCUUACCGAACAGAAAGAAGCUACUGCCAAAGUUAUCUGAAGAACAUAUAUUUUAAAUUAUCUAGUUCUUGUUUUGAAUUAUGUUUGUAUUAUUUAGGAACAAGUAUAAGUUGCCUUCAACAUUUCAAUUGUGAUGAUCUUUAUUAUUUUGACCUCGGUUCGAGUAUUAUACUGUAUUGAAAGUGUCCCGAUGAAAUUGAUGAAUUA